AUGCAAAGGCUCAUCAGGACUGGACAGCGACCUUUGUCCACGCAAGUUCAACGACCUAUAUAUCGAGCAAGGUGUUUCCGGCUUAUCCGUUUCCACAAACGAUCCGGCGCAGAGUCUCCUACCCAAGAACUGGGCAUCAGAAACUUCCACAUUAAUAGGCCUCAGUAUUUGGGCGUCAGCAGUCCUCGUGCCGCCAUGGCCACCUCACCGACAGACGUCGGGUUGACCAAGUCGGCCACGUUUCUAGUCUUGACCGUCGGCGACGAUGCCAGCGCCGCGCAGCAAGUCAGGUCCACGCUGAGCAGCUUGGACGAUCUCGCAAAGAACGUGGCCUCACGUGAUCCCAGCGCUCACCUGGGCUGCACCGUGGGCAUUGGCGCCGACGCGUGGGACAAAAUCACCGGGGCUCGUCGACCGGCCGAACUGCGCCCGUUCAAGGCCAUUUCGGGAACCAAGCAUCAGGCGCCGUCGACUCCGGGGGACUUGCUCUUCCAUAUCCGCGCAGACCGUCGAGAUUUGUGUUUCGAGUUUGAGCGACAGCUCAUGGACAAUCUGGGCAGCGCCGUCACGCUGGUCGAUACCACUGUCGGUUUCCGUUAUUUCGACUUGCGCGACCUCCUCGGCUUUGUUGACGGCACCGCGAACCCGAUAGGACCGGCCAUUCCCCAGACCAUUACGGUGGCCGAGCAGGAUGAUCAGGCGGCGGCCGGGGGGACGUACGUUGUAGUGCAAAAGUACUUGCACGACAUGGGAAAAUGGCGUGCUGCAUCAACGACGGACCAGGAAUCCAUUGUCGGCCGCACCAAGCUUGAUAAUAUCGAGCUCGAUGAUGCGCCACCUGGGAAGCAGAAAUCUCACAAGGAACUAGCGACGAUUGUUGACGCAGAUGGAAAUGAACACGACAUUUUCCGAGAUAAUAUGCCAUUUGGAUCACCAGCUUCUGGUGAAUAUGGCACCUAUUUCAUUGGAUACUCCCGGAAUCUAUGGGUUAUUGAGAAAAUGUUGGAACGAAUGUUUGUUGGAGAACCGCCUGGCCUACACGAUCGUAUUCUAGAUUUUUCGAGAGCCGUAACCGGCACGGUCUUUUUUGCGCCAGCAAAUAGCCUACUUCAAAGUCUAGAGUCUUGA